CGUCGCCAUAAGUCAAGAUUAACGUCUAUUGUUUGAACACGAAAGAAAGCACUUUUGCUUUGAACCGUUUGAAUAUCAUUCAAAACCUUAAUUACAUUCUUUGGCCAUGACCCAUUGCCUUAAUGACAGCAAUUAGCCCCACUAAACCAGUCUGAAUGCUCCACUAAACCAGUCCCACAAGCCAAUAUCUUUCCAUAUCUCCUUUCCCCUUUUAUACACAGAAAACACUCAAUUCCAUAUCAUGCCUUAGCGUACAAAUAAGGAAACCUAGAAAUCACUCCUUUCAAACCCUUUUAUCUUCGCUUCAAGCAUUUUCCAUUUCCAGAUACAAUUCAGAGCAGAGAUGACGAAGAAAAUGAGAACAGUAAAGGUUCAAUUCACCUGGUGGUGGUUGCAGAUUCUCGCCGUGCAGUUAACUCUCAUCCACGCCAUUCCUCCGGCGGCCCCGCUUCAGUGCCAGGACGGCGGCGCCGGCGGGUGUACUCUGUUCAACUCCUACGGCGUGUGGAACGACCGGAGAGACUGCCGGGUGCUGAACGCCACGUACCCGAAAACAGAGCAAGAGCUGGUUUCCGCCGUGGCUUAUGCCAAUAAGAACAAGCUGAAAGUGAAGGUCGUCAGCAAAUUCUCCCACACCAUACCGAAGCUAGCUUGCCCUGAUGGCGGCGGCGGCGGCGGAGGGGGAAGGAAUUCAAUGCUGAUCAGCACGUCGGAGUACGGCUCUGGGAUUGAGAUCGACGAGGCCGGUUUGGCCGUGACGGUGGACGCCGGAGUUGGGCUGCGGCAGCUGAUUGAUGCGGUGGAAGCGGCGGGGCUCAGCUUGGCUGCGUCGCCGUACUGGGAAGGUGUGAGUGUUGGUGGGCUGAUCAGUACUGGCUCGCACGGCAGCUCGUGGUGGGGGAGAGGCGGAGCUGUUCACGAUCAUGUCACCGGCGUUAGCCUCGUCGUUCCGGCGAAGCCGUCUGAAGGGUAUGCCAAGGUGGUCAGGAUUGGGGAGAAAGAUCCUCUCUUUAAUGCUGCCCGGCUGUCCUUGGGAAUGCUCGGCGUCAUCUCCAAGGUGACGCUUUCGCUGGAGAGAGGAUUCAAGAGAAGCAUAACGUUCAAUUUCAGCGAUGAUUCUCAAUUGGAGGAGAUCUUCAUGAGCCAUGCUAAGGAGAAUGAGUUCGGCGACAUUACCUGGUAUCCGUCGAGGCAUACUGCGGUUUACCGGUACGACAACAGAGUCCCGUUGGAAUCCGCCGGCGACGGAUCCUUCGAUUUCCUUGGAUUCCAAGCCAACUCUAUCCUCAUCUCGAAAUCAACGAGAGCCAUAGAGAAAUCACUGGAGAAUUCACGAAACGCGAAGGGGAAAUGCGCCAUGGCGAGCACAUUCAUCGGCGCGAAGAAGCUGAUAGCGAACGGGCUGAAGAACGGCCUGAUCUUCACCGGAUACCCGGUGGUCGGCCGUCAGGGGAAGAUGCAGAGCUCGGGAUCCUGCCUCUACUCGCCUUCCUACAGAAUCGACGAAUCCUGCGCCUGGGAUCCACGAAUCAAGGGGCUAUCCUUCUACGAAUCGACGGCGAUCUUCCCGGCCACCAAAUUCGCCGAUUUCAUCCGCGACGUGAAGAAGCUCCGCGACCUGAACCCCGACAACUUCUGCGGGGUCGAUAUCUACAACGGAUUCCUGAUUCGUUUCAUCAAGGCCUCGCAGGCUUACCUAGGUCAGUCCGCGGACUCCGUGGUGGUCGAUUUCAAUUACUACCGCGCCGACGAUGCGGCGACGCCGCGGCUGAAUCAGGACGUGUGGGAGGAAGUGGAGCAGAUGGCGUUCGGCAAGUACGGGGCGCGGCCGCACUGGGCGAAGAACAGGGACGCGGCGUUCGGCGGCGUGAAGGGGAAGUAUUCGAAUUUGGGGAAGUUUGUGGAGGCGAAGAGGCAGCUGGAUCCGGCGAAUUUGUUCUCGAGCGGGUGGUCGGAGGGGAUGAUCGCCGGUGAAGCGGCGGCGGUGGCGGCGAAGGGGGAAGGAUGCGCGCUGGAAGGGCGGUGCGUUUGCUCCGAUGAUUCGCAUUGCAGUCCGGCGAAAGGGUAUUUGUGUAAGGAAGGGCUUGUCUAUCAGGAAGCCAGGGUCUGUCGUUAUUCUUCUUCGUCGUCGUUUACUUCCACUGUAUAAAUUCAUUUUUUACUGUUCACUAAGGGUGUGUUUGGAUAUGUGGAUUUUAAAUGUAAGGUAUUUGAAAUAUUAGCAUUUGAAAUGGAUGUAUU